CCUUCAUUCGUGAAUAAACAUUGUUAACCAAGUUUGAUCAAAUUUUUAUUGAAACAAAAACGGAAUAGAUAUUUUCAUAUCUCAUUUGGCUGUCAAAAGACAAAACAAAAUUAAAAACAAAAAGAAGUUGUCGGCAGGAAUUGAAACAAAAGAAAAUGAAAAAGAAAAGCAUUUGUAGAAUGAAAGGCUCUGAACUCAUCGUACAUCACUUCUUAUCCUUUUAGAUCUCACUUUCUCUUCUCUCACUACACCAAUAAUUCAUCUGCAUUUCCAAACCCUAACCUUUCUCUCUGAAAAAGUUAUCAUCAGCUGAAAGAAUGGAGGGAGAAGCUGUGGCCGCCGUCCUUCAAGUUGUUGUUCAAAAUCUGAUCGACCAAUCCAAGAAAGAGUUCUCACUUGUCCAAGGGCUCAACAAAGAAGCAGGAAAGUUAACUGAGCGUUUGGGUACCCUCCAGCAAUUCUUGAAGGAUGCAGAGAUGCGUACCAUUCCCGGUGGAUCUGUCAAAAGGUGGCUCAACAAGCUUGAAAACGUGGCGUUCGAUGCCGACAAUGUUUUGGAUGAGGUCAGCUAUCAUCACCUCUGCAAACAAAUCAAGCCCAUCAUACCCAUGAAACAAAAGGUACUCUCAUGCUUCUCACCAUGCGUUAAUUUUUCACGUUCCCGAAGUAUGGCUCUUAGGAUCCAAGAAAUUAAUGAGGAUUUGGAGGUCAUUAACAAAGAGGCUGCUGACCUAGGCCUCACACAGAUGCUUGCCACCAAUGUGCCCACUUUGCCUGAUGCUGCUCGUGAAACAGCCUCAUCCACUCUUGAUCCAAUUUUUAUUGGAAGAGAUAAGGUCAUGUCAAAAAUAGUUAAAAAGCUUACCGAUUGUAUCACGUCUGAUGAAUGUGUUUCUGUCCAUGCCAUUGUGGGAAUGGGAGGAUUGGGGAAGACAACUUUGACUAGGAAAGUCUUUCAUCUUUUACAAGAAAAGAAACUGUUUGGAUCACAUAUUUGGGUGCAUGUUUCUCAAAUUUUUGAACCAACUGCUCUUCUCAAGAAAAUUCUCAAAGAGUUGGCUCCUCAAAAGGUUGAAGCUGAGAUGAGUAAGCAAGAUAUUACGAAAAUACUGAAAGAAGUUUUGAAAGAUAAAACUUAUCUACUGAUUCUUGAUGAUACUUGGAAUGAAGAUAUUCCCAAAUGGGAAGAAGGUUUCUUCAAUUCCUUGUUGGGUGCUACUUCUACUAUGGGUAAUGCGAUUGUUGUUACCACAAGAAAGAAGAAGGUUGCUUCAACUGUUAGGUCACUUCCUACACAUGAGCUUGAAGGAUUAUCAAACAAAGAAUGCUGGGCAAUAAUCAAAGAGAAAACCUUUGAAAAGGAGGAUGUUCCUUUGGGAUUUGAGGCCAUUGGGAUGGAGAUUGCAGAAAAAUGUCAAGGUUUGCCUUUAGCUGCCAUGGUAGUUGGUGGAGUACUACGCGAUAAAAAAUCUGAAGAAGAAUGGUGCUUGAUCAAAGAGAAUUGGCUUUCACAAGAUGAAGGAAAUUAUAUCACAAAGAUAUUGAAGUUGAGCUUUGAUAAUUUGUCUCUACCAUCACUCAAGAAGUGUUUUGCAUAUUGUUCGAUUUUUCCGAAAGGUCAUAGAAUUAAAAGGCAGAUAUUGAUUGAGUAUUGGAUGGCAGAAGGAUUUCUCGUAGGCAACGACAUGGAAUCUGUGGGAGACAACUUUAUCAAUGUUCUUCUACACAACUCUUUACUGCAAAUUGCAAAAAGAGAUGAUUAUGGAAAUGUGAAAAGUUGUGUGAUGCACGAUCUUGUGCAUGAUCUUGCAUCUUCUGUUUUAGCCGGUUCUCAUAAUGCAGAUGGCAUAUCCCCAGUUCGAUACAUGAGUCUUGAAGAAAAUUCAAUUGAUGUCCUAAAACAAAAUGCAAAAUAUUUGCGGACUCUAUUAUCCAUGGAUCAUAGCAUCAUGUUCUCAGACUUUCAAAGUGUUCGUGUUUUAACUUUGGGAAGUGGUACAGUUGAGGAGUUGCCAAGUUCAAUCAUGAAGUUGAUACAUUUGAGAGUUCUUGAUAUUAACAAAUCGAGUAUUAAAUAUCUUUCGGAUUGGAUUGGUAAACUCAUUCACUUGCAAACAUUGAGAGCAGAGAAUCGUUAUUUUGAGAAACUUCCAAGUACUUUGAAGUACUUGACUAAUUUAAGGCAUCUUCAUAUUCGUGGUAAUGUAGAGUUGCCUGCUGAGAUUGGGAGAUUAACUUCUCUCCAAACACUGAAGUAUUUUGAAGUUGGUGACAAAGAUGGAAGGAAAAUCGAAGAGCUCGGAAGUUUGAAUGAUCUAAAAGGAAAGCUGGAAAUUUCAAAGCUUGAAAGGGUUGAUAACAAGGAAGAGGCUGAGAAAGCAAGACUAUCUGCCAAGUCAAAAUUAUUGCAGUUGCAUUUGAUAUGGGUGAAAAUAGAGAAGGUGAAAUUACAAGUGAUGAGAAUGUGUUGGAAGGGCUUCAACCUCACACAAAUUUGAAGAAGUUAUGGAUUGAAGGAUACAAGGGAAAACGAUUUCCAUUAUGGACUCGAAAGAUGGAAGUUGAAAAAGUGGGUGAAAUCUCUUGUGUACCACUUAACAAUUUGACUGAGAUAUAUCUCGUAUACUGCUAUAAAUGUGAAGAAAUCCCAAUGUUUGGGCAGUUGCCAAAUCUCGUGACGCUUUGUUUGGAAGAAUGGGCUAAUUUGAAGUCAAUAAGUUCUUCAUUCUAUGGAUUAGAGAAAGGGGAGACACGUAUUGUUUUUCCAGCUCUCAAAAUACUCGAAUUGGCGUCAAUGGAUGAGCUAACAGAGUGGGCAGAAGUAGAAUCAAGUGACGUCAAGGUAUUUCCUCAGCUCCAACGCUUGGAUAUAAAGAAGUGCCCCAAAUUGAAAGGAUUUCCACGUGAAAUGAUAGGAUCCUCGCUCGAGAAUCUGGUGUUGGACAGUAUGAGUAGCCUAGAGAAUCUACCUGGAAUAAUUGACUGCCUCAGUUUGAUGGAGUUGAAUAUAAAGAAGUGUUCAAAUUUGAAGGAGUUGAUUAUAAAGGAGUGUCCGAAUUUGAAGGAGUUGAAUAUAGAGAAGUGUCAAAAUUUGAAGGAGUUGAUUAUAAAAGGGUGUCCAAAUCUGAAGGAGUUGAAUAUAAAGGAGUGUCAAAAUUUGAAGGAGUUGAUUACAAAGGAGUGUCCAAAUUUGAAGGAGUUAGAUAUAUAUGUGUGUCCAGAUCUGAAGGAGUUGAUUAUAAAGGAGUGCCUCGAAAGCUUGAAGAUUAGGGGAUGCAAUGCUUUGCUGUAUAUUCCAUGUCAAAUGAUAGGAUCCCUGCUCAAGACUCUGUUUUUGGUGAAUAUAAGUAGCCUAAAGAAUCUACCUGAAAUAAUUGAGUGCCUCCGAAAAUCGCCCCAUCUAAAACAUUUGAUAAUUUGGUGUGCUCCUCAAUUCAUGCCCACUUGUUUAGUUGAUAUCCUACCUUCUUUUAAUAGCUUAGAAGGGUUGGUAUUAGAUGCAAGUAUGGGGGGAUCAAUUGAGAGUGUUGAUGCCUUAUUGCAAGCAUGCAGAAGCAGCUCCCACUCACUUACACAUUUAACAGUGAAGGGGAUCAGAGGUAGUACUUGGGUAAAUCUGGUAGAAUCACUUCAACAUCUCACUGCUCUUAUUUACUUGAACUUGGAGACUAUUGGAACGGAAAGCUUACCUCAAUGGUUAAAGAGUAUGAAUGCAAGGCGUCGCACAGAUGACAACGGUUUGUAUAUCGAGAUUAACGGAGAAGAAAUAAAUAUACCGUUGCCAGAACUACGUACAUUGCUGGAUUCGGGUAACCCUGCAGAAGAAGCUGAAGUUGAAGCUAAAGAUGAAGAAGCUGAAGCUAAAGAAGAAGAAAGUAAAAGGGGAAAGGAUUUGUGUUUGAGUUUGAGGUGCUUCCAAAGAGCGAGGAGGUGAAGAAGGAAUCAUUAUGCAUCAAACAUUUCUUCAAAUUCACACUGGUUUGGCUGAAGAAGGUGAAGCAGAGGAUUGUUUAAAGAGCAGUGUGGAAUUUGCAUACCAAGAAAGUUUGACGGCUGUACUCAUUUUAUCCCUGGUGUUAUUGCAUGACAGUUUGGAUUGAUUUUGUUGUUGUGUUUUAUCGAACAAGAUCCUAUGUUUUGUAGUUAUGUCUGACUAUUAGAUUAUUGUCACUUAUAUUUGGUGAUGGAUUCAUGGUUUUCAUUUGUUUUCUUUUAA